AGUGCAUUCCGAAUAUCUGUAGCCGUUAUUAAAAAAAAGGUGAUCUUUUCAAUAAUUCAGUAAAAAUUGGCUAAAAAAGUUGAUAAACAGCGUGCAGGGUUUCGGUUGAAAGCCCAUACGAGCUGCUGCAUAUUACCCAUCAACCAUUGAUACCUUAAGACGGGAUGGCGAAAGGCCGCCGAUUAUAGUCCAACUGUGAGGUGUGAAACUCGGUGAAAAGUCCAGGCCGUCGACGUUCUCUGACCAGUGAAAGACUCGGAGAUACGAGGAAAACUCACGAGCCAAUGGCUGCCAAGUGGAACGAGGCAAUCAACCGAUCACCGGGUCUAAAAUUCGAGAGUAUAUAACUGCAGUCUGCAGGGUGUAUAUACUUUGUUACCGGUGAAUUGGAUUCAUCUUAAAUUAUCCAGUGAUCAAAGGCGCGACGCGUCGAGGGAAUGGCUUCUCCUCUCUUCACUUGGGCUUGGCUAGCCGCAUUACUUCUCGGGACCACGAUGGCAGUUUUACCUUCGUACAUCGUGCCGUGCAAAAAAUCUAACCCGAACUUGGACCGAUGUAUCACUGAAACCAUCGAAAGCCUCAGGGAGCGGCUUGCCGAAGGCAUUCCGGAACUGGGAGCACCGGCAUUGGAACCUCUUCAGUUGGAGAAUGUUCGUUUGCUACGGGGUCCUGUGGGCGCGAGGCUGGACGUUAAUUUAACGAACAUGGAGGUGAGAGGCCCUUCGACGUUCAAGGUUCACAACCUUAAGUCGAAUUUGGACAAGAACAGUUUCACCUUCAGGGUCGCGUUCGACAGGCUCACUUUUCGAGGUAAAUACCAGAUGGAUGCGAGGGUGCUGCUACUCAGAUUGGCUGGAAAAGGAGAUGUCACUGGAAACUUUACUGGCUACUCAUCGGAUGUCGUACUACGAGGGCAUAAAGUCGUGCGAAACGAAGUCGAAUAUUUGAAUUUCGAAAGAAUGAAGCUGAAAAUAAAAAUCGGCGAGGCCAAAAUACAUCUGAGCAACUUAUUCGGAGGAGAUCCCAUACUGGGUCCAGCGACCAACGACAUAUUGAACACAAACAGUGCGGUGUUCGUUGAAGAAUUGAAGCCAGUUUUAGAGUCUUCGUUGGCGGACCUUUUCACCGAUGUCGCCAAUACAGUCACAACGUCAUUCACGUACAAAGAACUUUUUCCAGAGGACUAGCGCCGAGGAGAAGUAAGAAUAAGAAAAUACCAAUGUUUAAGCUAACCCGACUUUUCCCCGUUCAAAUUCUUUCUAUAGUAUCAAAUUUAUCGUAUUAAAAAUUAAUGGUAAGAGAUAUCUGUCGACCACUUUUUCUGAAAUAAGACUGUAUAAUUAUAAUUCCCAAUGCAUCGAAUGAUCGAUCGUUCUUAUCGACGUCAUCGAUUGGCUCGAAAUUGGAGUGGGGUGAGAACAGAAGUUGAAA